UUGACUGACCGUCUCUCCAUCGCCCAUCUUUAAACCGAUCCCGUUAACCGGAGAGCCGCGUCUCUGUGUCCGUCCCGUCCCGUGCUGCUGCUGCUGCUGCUAUAAAGUAUUAGAACGGAUUCAACUCUCGGGUGUCUUUUUUAAAGAUUGAAGACGAAAAGGAUGAUUGAAACAAUCGAUACGCAGCAUUGUCUGCAGGCAGUGGAACGACUGCAGGCUCGUCUGAAGGAGAGAGGAGGUGAUGUGCCUUCUGAUGAGAAGCUGAACCUGCUCAAAUCUGUCCUGCAAAGCCCUCUGUUCCACCAGAUCCUUGCCCUCCAGAGAUCAAUACAACAUCUUAAGGAACAGCCUUCGUGUGCAAACUCAGAUUAUAAUGGAGGGUAUGUUGACCUGGCUCAGAUUAAUGGACGAACCUCAUCAGAGGAGCACGAACGCAUCAUCCGUACCAUGGCUCAGGGUCGCUAUGUAAUCCAUACUGACUUGGUGAAACCAGUAUCAGGAGGCCUGGGCUUCAGUGUGGUAGGACUGCGAAAUGAGAACCGUGGAGAACUCGGCAUUUUCGUCCAGGAAAUCCAGGCAGGGAGCGUUGCAUACUGCGAUGGGAAGCUGAAGGAAGGAGAUCAGAUCCUGGCGAUAAAUGGACAGCCACUGGACCAGAACAUCAGCCAUCAGCAGGCAAUUGUGCUGCUGCAAAGAGCAUCUGAGCAUGUACAGAUUACGGUCGCCCGAGGGGCAAUUCCUCAGCUUUCCAGCCCAGUGGUGUCCAGAACACCCAGUGCUGCUAGUACACUGUCUGCACAUUCGAGUGGGACUCACUGGACACAGGUGGAGACUAUAGAGCUAGUCAAUGAUGGCACUGGUCUGGGAUUUGGCAUCGUUGGGGGUAAAAAUGCAGGUGUCAUUGUCAAGACUAUUUUACCUGGUGGUAUUGCUGAUAAGGAUGGUCGCUUGCGCAGUGGUGAUCACAUCCUGCGUAUUGGGGACACUGACCUGUUCGGUUUGGGCAGUGAGCAGGUUGCCCAGGUGCUGCGACAGUGUGGAAACAGAGUCAAACUGCUCAUCACCAGAGCAACUGUAGAUGAGGCCUCUCCUGUGCCUGUAGCCCUGCCAACAGUUACUGAGCAACAGGACCAUGAGGAAGAGGAGCAGGAUGCGUUCGAUGUGAGUCUGACGAAGAACACGCAAGGUCUCGGUAUCACCAUUGCAGGGUACAUAGGAGACAAGAACUCUGAAGCCUCUGGGAUCUUUGUGAAGAGCAUCACCGCUGGAAGUACUGUGGAGCAGGAUGGUCGCAUUCAUGUUGGAGACCAGAUCAUAGCUGUCGAUGGUGUGAACAUACAGAGCUACACCAAUCAGCAGGCAGUGGAGCUCCUACGCCACACCGGUCAAACAGUCCACCUCAAACUUGUCCGCCACGGCUUUAGACCAGAAGACACUCUUCUGCCGAGCAUGGCUGUGAGCAGUGAAGCCAAACCAAGACAGGAGAGUGAAUCCUUGGGCAGCAUGAAUGACCCUAUGGAAACCUCCAGCCGUGUGGUUGCUGCAGCUGUUUUGCCGUGUGCGUCUGAACAAAAUAAAGGCUUCAGAUUAAAUGACGAUGAGGAAGAGGAGCUGAGGAAGGAAUGGCAAAAUGCUGUCGGUCCCAGCAAUGAAGUUAUAGUGGUACAGGUAGAGAAAUGUACUGAAAGCAGUGGACUAGGAAUCAGUCUGGAAGCAAGCGCUGGUCACCACUACAUAUGCUCGGUUUUACCCGAGGGACCUGUGGGACGUUCUGGAAAAUUCUUCAGUGGCGAUGAACUACUGGAGGUGAAUGGUAAACCUCUUAGAGGUGAGACACAUAAAGAAGUGGUGGGCAUUCUGAAGGAGCUGCCUGUGUACGUGCACAUGGUCUGCUGUAGGCCCGCUCCUUUGCCCUCUACGGACGCUCAAACCGAUCAACCUGAGCUGGAAGAAAUAUCUACAAAGUCAAUAGAAAAGGACUUUGAUGAUGUUGAGGACUUCCUCAUGCCUGGUGAAUCAGAGACAAGCCCAAGAAAUACCAUGCCAGAAAAUACUGGGGGAACUUCAUUAGCGAUGUGGGAGUCAGAGAUUCAAGACAUCGAGCUGGAGAAAGGAGAACGUGGACUGGGUUUUAGCAUCCUAGACUACCAGGACCCUAUGGACCCAGCUAAGACCGUCAUCGUGAUCCGAUCUCUGGUGCCUGAAGGUGUGGCUGAACUUGACGGACGUUUGUUGCCAGGAGACCGGCUGAUGUAUGUCAACAGCAUGAAUCUUGAGAGUGCUACUCUGGAGGAGGCAGUACAGGCGCUAAAGGGGGCCAGCUUAGGCACAGUCCACAUCGGAGUAGCCAAACCACUACCUACUCUCAUUCUCUCAAGGACUAUGCAACUGACUCCCUCCUCCAUCUUCUCGGCUCUGUCGCGGAUGAAGAGAGAUGAGGAGGAGGAGGAGGAGGAGGAGGAAGAAGUCUUAUUCCGCGCUGUGCCAGUACUGAUCGACACCAGCGAUGCGGACUUGUCCGGCGAGAAGUUCGAUCGUCCUUACGACAGCGAGGAAGACGACACGUUCCAGGCGUCUAUGAUCGCUCUACAUGGAAGCACCUGCAGUGGAGAUCUCGCCUCUCAGACGGCUGUACAAGCCUCCACUCCUCAGAGAAACGCUCACCUGGAUUCGUUCAUGGAAUACCCUUUUAUGGCGGUGUCUGAAAUCAGAGAGAAAUUUCCUCCCAUGGAUGAGGAGGAAACAUCUGUACGGCUUAAAGCAGGGACUGGAAGACUUGGUUCCACUCCCUCCAAUCUAUUUAUGGAACACGAUUCGGAGAAAAUAGACCCAGUGGACCCACUGAUGUCUAAAGCCGGGCUUUGCAGCGCAAACCCUGUUUCCACUUGUACAGAAGAGAAUCUCAUAACAACAUUAUACAGAGAGACAGAGAGACCAAUCCUGCCAGAGAUCCGAGGGCGAGCGCAUGACGGUUGUUAUGUUGCUGCUUCUCAAGAGGAGGAGGAUGAUUUCCCAAUGGAUAAAACUCCAGAAGAAGAAACCGAUCAACAAGAAAUGACUCCAGGGAGCAAUUUUGAGAGGACCAUCACCGUUGUCAAGGGCAACUCAAGUUUAGGUAUGACAGUGAGCGCGGUGAAGGAUGGUGUGGGAAUGCUGAUCCGCAGUAUCAUUCACGGCGGGGCCAUAAGCAGAGAUGGACGUUUAGGUGUCGGAGACCUCAUUCUCGCCAUCAACGGUGAAUCGACCGGGAACCUAAACAACGCGCAGGCACGCGCCAUGUUGCGCAGACACUCACUCAUUGGAUCUGACAUGGGAUCAUCACUCGCUCCGGAAGAGGAGCUCUGCCCUUUUUAUAUCAUUACCUAUGUACCAGUUGAGUAUUUAGAGGACUACAAGGCUCUUAAGCAGGCCAAGGAUGAUGCCGUUGCUGUGGAUACAUUAAGCACACCAGGGUCUUUAAGUGAGCUUCCUGAGAGGGAGGACGGUGAAGGGGAGGAAAGCGUUCUACAAACAGCAAACUUCAGCAGCUGGAACCAACCGAGGAAGGUGGAGCUCUACAGGGAGCCAGGAAAAUCUCUGGGUAUCAGCAUUGUCGGUGGCCGGGGCAUGGGCAGUCGUCUGAGCAAUGGUGAAGUGAUGCGUGGCAUCUUCAUCAAGCAUAUCCUUGAAGACAGCCCUGCAGGACGCAACGGAACUCUGAAAACUGGAGACAGAAUUGUACAGGUGGACGGUGUGGAUCUGCUAGAUGCCAGUCAUGAGCAAGCUGUAGAAGCCAUUCGUAAAGCUGGCAACCCUGUUGUAUUUCUGGUGCAGAGCAUUAUCCACAGGCCUAGGAAGCCACCUGUUCCUUUUCUGCAGCUAAACAGCAGCUCUAAUGCAGCAGGCGGCUUUAUAAACACCCCUCCGCAGACAUCGGCAGCCGACUCCGUCGAGGGCAGAACAGCGCGAUUCUCGAACCCCAAUAACAAGGAUGUUGAGAGUCAAAGUAGGCUUUUCCUCCGUCUCUCCCCAACUAACCCUUUCACCCCUACUCCAUUUAAGCUGAAUCGAGAGCCAGGGAAAAUUUCUCCGACGAUGCCAUUUCUCUCGGUGCCACGCAUAGGCGAGACAGACACGGACACGCUGACCGAGAUCCCUGAUCAUAACAAGCUUCCUCAUGACACAGUGGAGGAAGAGGAAGAUGAGUUUGGCUACACUUGGAAAAAGGUGGUCGAGCGUUAUGGGAGACUGCCUGGUGUGUUGCAUAUGAUCGAGCUGGAGAAGGGCAUGAGUGGUUUAGGCCUGAGUCUGGCAGGGAACAGGGAUCGCUUAAGGAUGAGUGUCUUCGUGGUAGGCAUCGAUCCCAAUGGAGCAGCCGGAAGAGAUGGACGCAUCAUUAUAGGAGAUGAGCUUCUGGAGAUCAAUGGUCAGAUUCUGUAUGGGCGCUCCCAUCAGAAUGCCUCGUCCAUCAUCAAGAGCGCACCAUCCAAAGUCAAAAUCAUCUUCAUUAGAAAUACAGAGUCUCUCACCCAGAUGGCUGUCAUGCCAACAAAAGAACUAGCAGACAUCCUAGACACACAACCAGAGGAAGACGGAGGGCUGGUGUUUAGUGAGGAGGACAAGAAUGGCAUGAUCAUUCAGGAUGUUAUAGAAGACGGAGCAGCUGCAAUGGAGGGUAAUACCCAGCCAGGAGACAGAGUGAUGGUAGUAGACAAUGAAGUGUCGCAGGGCCUCUCUGUAGAGAAGGUAACAUCACUACUGAGCAAAGCAAAGAGCUCAGGGAAGCUCACUCUCUGUACAGAAAGCCACGCCCUAAUAUCAGCCAGUCAGACACGGAGACUAUCAGACCCAGGGGUGGUCACUAGCAUACCACUGUCCUUGACACCACCAGAAAUGGAAUCAAUCAAGAGUUCCAGCCGAUCAUCAACCCCUGCGACCUUGGCUUCCGAUCCCGUGACCUGCCCCAUAAUCCCUGGUUGUGAGACUACCAUUGACAUUUCUAAAGGACGAACAGGACUCGGCCUUAGCAUUGUGGGUGGCUGUGACACACUGCUGGGCGCUAUAAUAAUUCAUGAGGUGUAUGAGGAAGGUGCUGCUGCUAAAGAUGGAAGACUCUGGGCAGGAGAUCAGAUUCUAGAGGUGAACGGUAUUGACCUGCGUACAGCAUCCCAUGAUGAAGCAAUAAAUGUAUUGAGGCAGACUCCACAGCGAGUGUGUCUGACUGUGUUCCGUGAUGAAGCGCAGUAUAAAGAGGAAGAGCUGUGGGAUGUUCUGUCAGUGGAGCUGCAGAAGAAACCAGGCCAAGGCCUUGGACUUAGUAUCGUUGGAAGAAGGAAUGAUACCGGUGUGUUUGUGUCGGACAUUGUGAAGGGAGGCAUCGUGGAGAGUGAUGGCCGGCUCUUGCAGGGAGAUCAGAUUUUGUCUGUUAAUGGUGAAGAUGUUCGCAUAGCAACACAGGAGUCCGUUGCCGCCCUGCUGAAGUGUUGUGUCGGCCCAAUCACACUGGAGGUGGCUCGCUUUAAGGCAGGGCCGUUCCACUCAGAGAGACGCCUGUCUCAGGGCAGUCAGAUCAGCGAAGGUGGAAGCUUUAAAGCCAGCCAGCUGUCUUUCACUGGUUCUGGCAAAUCACAAGAAGACUAUGAGGACAACUUCAGAAGUCAGGAAUCACUGGACCAAGACUUCCGAACUCUGGAGCUCUGCAAGAGUCCCUCUGAGUCCCUAGGAAUAAGCAUAGCAGGCGGAGUGGGCAGUCCUCUGGGUGAUGUGCCUAUCUUCAUCGCCAUGAUGAACCCAGCUGGUUUGGCUGCACAGACACAGAAACUCAGAGUUGGCGACAGGAUCAUAUCAAUCUGUGACACAUCUACAGAAGGCAUGGCCCAUAGCCAAGCUGUGUCACUGUUAAAAACCACCACUGGAACCAUACGCCUGCAGGUCGUCGGAGGUGAUACCACAGUAACAGGUCCUGCUCUAGAUCAAACAUCUGGACUCACCAGCAGCAGCAUCUUCCAUGAUGACCUGGGUCCUCCUCAGUGUAAGACUAUUAGUCUGGAAAGAGGGCCAGACGGCUUGGGCUUCAGUAUAGUGGGAGGAUUCGGCAGCCCCCAUGGCGAUCUGCCCAUCUAUGUGAAAACUGUUUUUGGGAAGGGUGCAGCCGCAGAGGACGGGCGUCUAAAACGCGGCGAUCAGAUAGUCGCAGUCAACGGGCAGAGUUUAGAGGGCGUCACGCACGAGGAGGCUGUCGGUAUUUUAAAAAAAACCAAAGGAACGAUCACACUCACUAUACUCUCAUAGAGAACCGCAUUUACAAUAUCGUAUAAAAAAAAAAAAAAACACUGGGCUUGACGUUAUACACUGUGACCUUCGAACAAUAUUGUAAAUAUCCAGUAGAAAAACAUGAUGAUCUUCCAUCGUUAUUUAUGCUUUGACUAAUACAACAGACGCUGUUCUUUACUUUCACACCGUCUGGAAAUGAAUGGAGAGGGAGUGAGUUAUGAACACGUGAAUUAAUGAGAAGAAAUGAGUUUUUAGUAACAGCAGAUGAUAAAGAACGUCUUCCCAUUAUCUAGUUAGCUUUAACAAGCAGUUUCUACCUGAGCAGCUUCGCCUGAUCUAGUUUUUUUUUUUAUUAGACUGCAGUUUAUGGCAGUUUAACCAGAACUAUUUUUAUUCUUCAAAUAACACUGCAGGCAACGGUUUCAAUCCCAGACAGGAAAAAUGUAAACUACAUUCUUACAGCUUGUAUUACUGAUCAUGUGAAGAGAUGAUCUACACUGUGUGUUAUUUAUAAAAUCUGGACUCUCUCUCUCCGAUCUCUUUCAUAUUUACAUUGAGCAAGUUUGAGAAGUCUAGCUGUUUAUUUACACCGUGUCUUUAUAUAGUGCUAAUCAAAGUAUUUUGUGGAUUGGAGUUUUCAAAUGUGAAGGAAACAUAUAUUCAGUAGAUCAUAUAUCUAUCUUGUAAGCAUUUUACGCAGUUUUACCAAUUGAGAGUUUACACACACACACACACAUGCUCACGCAUGUAAUAAGCAGUUCUAAAAUGAGUUAUUUUGUUUCUGAAGAUAAUAAAGAAAAAUGACCACCAAUUAAUCCUAUUAUUUUUUAUCCCAUAUGAUAAAACAGGCAAGACAUUCUGUUUUACAAAAUUCCCUUUAUUUAACAAAAACUUUCAAACAACUCUCAAAUGCCUAUAUGCAUGGAUAACGGAGGUGUUCCAGGAUUUCAGUUUAAUGGAUUGAUAAACAGCCUAACAGUCCUUCAACUUUAAUGAUGAAAGAAAUUCUUUAAAAGUCAAUGCACGGCUCCCAACAGUCCACCAGGGGGCAGAGCAGAAUUGUCUGGUCAUGAAUGAAAUACUAGUGUACAUAAAUGUACUUGUACAUGUCCCUGUUGCAGCUUGUCAUACACACACACACACACACACACACACACACA